AAUGGAAUCAAUGAGAUUCUCACAUUUAACACACUCGCUCUGCACUGAGUCUCUGGAGGAGUACCAAGAAGCCUCUUUUAAUAUCAAUAACUACUACAACAGCAGAAGGAUUCAAUUCAAUUCAACUAAAUUUCAAGAGAAGCCAAACAAAACCCGAGACACAACAACCAACACAAAAAAAAAAAAAAAAAAAAAAAAAAACACAGAAAGAGAAAUGGAAGUGAAAGCUAGAGCUCCCGGAAAAAUCAUACUUUCUGGUGAACAUGCUGUGGUGCAUGGAUCUACGGCAGUUGCUGCCUCCAUUGGCCUCUACACUUAUGUUACUCUUCGUUUUCCUACUUCUUCUGAAAAUGAUGAUACACUAAAACUCCAGCUUGAGGAUCUAUCAUUAGAAUUUUCAUGGCCAAUUGGCAAACUCAAAGAAGCACUGCCUGACUUGGGUUUUCCUUUCUCAUCUACGCCAACUCCAUGCUCCACUGAAGCAAUUAGUUCAAUUUCAGUUCUAGUUGAAGAACAAAAUAUUCCAGAGGCAAAAAUUGGAUUGUCCUCUGGGAUAUCAGCAUUUCUUUGGCUAUAUUCAUCCAUCAUCGGAUUUAAGCCAGCUACAGUAGUUGUUAAUUCGGAGCUUCCUCUAGGUUCUGGCUUGGGUUCCUCUGCUGCACUUUGUGUUGCUCUUUCUGCAGCUCUGCUUUCUUUUUCAGAUUCCGUAAAUUUGGAUUUGAGCCAUCAAGGAUGGCUGUUGUUUGGGGAAAAUGAGCUUGAACUCUUGAACAAAUGGGCUUUUGAAGGUGAAAAGAUACUCCAUGGAAGGCCAUCUGGAAUUGACAACACGGUUAGCACAUAUGGAAACAUGAUCAAGUUCAGGUCGGGUAAUUUGACACGCAUCAAAUCUAAGGUGCCACUCAUAAUGCUUAUCACAAACACAAAAGUUGGAAGGAACACAAAGGCAUUGGUUGCAGGUGUUUCAGAGAGGGCCAUAAGGCACCCAAAUGCCAUGUCUUUGGUGUUCAAUGCUGUUGACUCAAUUAGUGAGGAACUGUCCAUCAUUAUACAGUCUGAUGCUCCUGAUGACCUCUCCCUAACUGAAAAGGAAGAGAAGAUAGCAGAGUUGAUGGAAAUGAAUCAAGGUCUUCUCCAAUGCAUGGGGGUCAGCCAUGCCUCAAUAGAAACUGUUCUACGCACAACAUUGAAGUACAAAUUAACUUCAAAAUUGACGGGAGCUGGCGGUGGAGGCUGCGUUCUCACACUAUUGCCAACAUUGCUAUCAGAAACAGUUGUUGACAAAGUAGUUUCGGAGCUGGAGUCCUGUGGGUUCCAGUGCUUUACUGCAGGAAUUGGUGGAAACGGUGUCGAGAUUUGCUUUAGUGGAUCAUCUUGAUAUUUGCCACGGGGGUAUGUCAAACAAUAAUAUAAGAUGCGCAAUUUACCUUCUAUUCCUCUGAGUUGUCUUUGUAGAUUAAUCUGUUGUAUUUUAAUUUUAAACAUCCAACUUAGUUGGAGCUUCAAUUUUUGGGUGAGAAGGAGCAGGUCGUGAACUUUCUCAAUGAAUAGUCAUCGAAGUUGACUAGGAAACAAGUUAAUUUGACAUUUAGAGUUGACCAAUAAUGAAUGAAAUUAAUGUUAUUUUUUGCGCAAGCAACAGUAACAUUCAA